GUUCUUGUUGAUUUCGGUGGUCUCGACAAAGUUUGAUAUUUAUAGAAGCACACCCUCAACAUCUACAUGCACGUGUAACUAUUUGGAACUAUCAAAACUAAAAAAAUAUCCCAAGUUUUGCAGCAUCUUUAAGGAACAUCACAUUGUACUCGAGCAGUAAUCAGCAGUCAAUUGACUUCACCUGUGUUCCUGUGUAAAGGCCUUUUAGAGUCCAUGUAGGAAACAAUACUGUUGACCAAUGGGAAAUGUGCCUGCUCUCUAGAGGACUGCAGCACACGGUUGGUGGUUGAAGUGUUGCUGAACAGGAAGUUGCUGAGUAGAAUUGAGAGAACUUUAACAGACAUGAGGGUCUCUUAUCAGGCUCUAGUCUUGCUUUUCUUAGCAGGCUUAUGCUCACUCGAGAAAGUUCCAGUUCACGCAUUUGUCAGCAGACCAAUCCCAGGAAAUCUAGAGAACGUCAGCAAGAAUGACACUGGGGUGAAGGAGGCCGUCCUGACUGGAACCUACUCAUUUAAUAAUAAAUCCAACGACGCGUUCCUCUUCAAAGCAUCAGCUGUUGAUGAUGCAAAGAGACAGAUAGUCAAAGGCAUCCGCUACAUUCUGGAAGUGGAGAUCUCACGGACCAUGUGCAGGAAGAGGGGCAACACUGAUGACCUCAACAACUGCUCCUUCCAGACAGACAGUCUGUUACGGCAGACAUUCUUCUGUCACUUUGACGUAUGGUCCAUUCCAUGGAUGAACAAAAUGUCAACUACAUAUUUUAAAUGUCAUUCAAAUUUUAUAUUCUGAGAUCUUUUUCAUCAGAUUGUUUUUCAAUGGCUCCACCUGAAAUGUUGUGCUAAUUUAAUACCAAACUGAAUGUGAAAAUAAAAUGAGCCACAGUGAAUAGUGCAGCGCAGUGACUGGUUAUGAUGUCCAGUGACCUUCAGUUCAUCAGAUGCUGAGCUUGUGUUGACUGACUCGGAGUGUAAAUUAUUCAGUGAGGUUCUCUGAAGUAGAGGCAGCUUUACACACCUACAGUAGAUCAGGGGCCAUCGCUUCAAUCUCUGAGCUCUUUUCCUUAAAACCACAGAUCUUAUGAGCAAACUGGCCCUAGAAAGACACCAGCACUGAUCAAACACACAUCUGUUGGGUUUGUAUGAACAGAUUUAUUGACUACUCUUUCACUAUGUGUUAUUGGAAAUGUGCAUGACAUACUUGUCCUAGAUUCAUAACUCCAUAUGGCCAUUAGGUGGGUACAUGCAUCCAAUGGGACAGUGGUUCUCAGCUGGAUUUGUUUCAGAAUCCAGAUUUUAGAGUGGACAUGAAGCAGCGACUCAGCAACCAAAGCAUUAUCAUACAAAAGUGACAAAAUUGCCCUUAAAAUAAAAAAUUAAAUGCAUUGAUAUUAAACCAGUCAUUGAUGUACAUCUGAAAAUGUAAUUGUUAGAAUAUAUAUGUUAAUGUUUAAUAAAACAACAAAACAGUCUGAACUUUAGUUAGUUAAGCAUUAGUUACAUUAUAUAUUUUUAUUUAGAACAUAAUUUUUUCACAACAAAUUAGUUUGAGAUUAAACCACAAGUUCAAGACACUCAAUUUUUAAUGCCAAAUGACUUUUGUCAGAAGCUUUAAUUCAAUGCAACUUACACUGACUCCAUUCCCUGGGCAUCAAACCCACGACUUUGUUGUUGCUAGCAUUAAACUACAGAAAAUUUACUCACCCUCAGGCCAUCCAAGAUGUAGAGGAGCUUCAUCAGAACAGAUUUGGAG